AUGAAUCAGGAUAAUCAAUUUGAAGAAGUUGAAGAUAAAAGAAGUGCAGAGGAGGAAUGGGAGUCGAAGCUUGGGAUGGUUUUUGAUUCACUUGAUAAUCUUCUCCAAUACUACAGAAGCUACGGGAAUAGAAUGAAGUUUGAAGUUAUUAUAAGAUCCUUAAGGAAAGGAGAUGAUGGAGAGAUGACAAACGCAACACUAGCUUGUUCUUGUACUGGGAAGUUGAGUAGUAACACCCGAAAUGCUUUUAAAUUGUACCCAGUGACAAAGACGGUUUGUAAGGCUCGGGUUGGUGCAUAUAUACUUGGUAACGAAAAAUGGCAAAUAUGUUCAGUGGGGUUGAAUCAUAACCAUGAGCUCAGUAGCCCAACAAAAACUAGAUAUUUUAGGAGCAAUCGUGGUAUACAACCAUACAUGAAAAGGAGACUUGAAGUAAAUGAUAGGGCCGGGAUUAGGCCGAAUAAAUAUUUCAAUUCCAUGUUAGUUGAAGCAGGCGGUCUUGAGAAUUUGACUUUCUUGCAAAAAGAUUAUAGGAACUAUAUUGAAAAAGUUAUGAGGAUGCGACUUGGUGCUAGGGACACUUAUGCAAUCCAAAAAUAUUUUUUGAAGAUGCAAAAAGAUAAUGCAAAUUUCUUUUACAUGAUGGAUUUAGAUGAAGAGGGUCGAUUACAGAAUGUUAUAUGGGUGGAUGCAAGAAAUAGGGCUGCAUUUAAGGAAUUUGGCGACGUUGUCACAUUUGACACUACAUACUUGACCAACAAGUAUGAUAUGCCAUUUGCGGCGUUUGUUGGUGUUGACCAUCAUGGGCAUUCAACACUCUUAGGUUGUGGGUUAAUCUCUCAUGAGGACACAGAGACUUUUGUUUGGCUUUUUGAAUCUUGGCUUGCAUGUAUGUGGAAUUGUGCUCCAAAUGCAAUAAUCACUGAUCAAGAUAAGGUGAUGCAAAAUGCAAUCGAGAUUGUGUUUCCUGGUACACGGCAUAGAUGGUGUUUGUGGCACAUAAUGAAGAAAUUGCCAGAAAAGUUAAGGGGUUAUAGCGAAUAG